CCUAUUUAUAUGCUCGAUACCCGCCUUUCACAGCACAGGUAGCUUCGAUUUCGAGCGUGGCAACAGAGCAGAGCGAUUAUGGGCUUGAAGGAGGAUUUUGAGGAGUAUGCUGAGAAGGCAAAGACCUCGCCGGAGAAUACAAGCAAUGAAAUCGAACGCGAUGUCUAUGGACUAUACGAGCAAGCUACUGUAGGACCUGUGAACACCAGCCGACCUGCAAUGUUCAACCAGAGAGACAAAAUAUUCAAAUGGGAUGCCUGGAAGCCUGUUGAAGAUAAAUUGAGGGCAGGCUCUUCCUUUCGCCUUUUCGCUUCCUUUCCAUUUGAGAGUCUAAAACAGAGAAAAAUAGCAGGGAAGAAAUCGGCAUUGGCGUUCCACCUGAAGAAGACAUUGAGGAAAUUCAAUGCAUUAUUCCUCCUCAAGUUCAUCCUCUCCCUCUGCCUCACCCGCCCCCAACCUCCCAGACGGCUGCAGUCAUUCAGUCAUAGCUAUCGGCAACAGCCCUUCUUGGAAGAUGAAGAAACUGUGAGAAGGCCUGAACAUGCUUCCAGUUUAAGCAAUGAAAAUGUUGAAAAUGAUGUGGACGAGCGAUCUGAGACUCCCGACGACCGCUCCAGUUGUCCAACGACGUUAGAAAGGCAAAUUUCUUUGAACAUGAGGUACUACUACAGAUAGCAGCUCUGGAACAGAUGAUGAACAGGGAUCGCAGAUUCAGUGGAGUUUCUUUUUAGAUUGAAAUGAAUCUCCUGUUGUUGGUGUAAAUUUCAUUAAGAUUGAUUUUUUGUUUUAGAGCUCUGUUUUUGCUUUUAGCAAACUGUCAGGGGUGUUUGGGGUUUAAUUAUUUUGGAGAUACUGGAUAAAUAUGUGGAUAAAUAUGUCAAUUACUGCUGUAUGCUCGGUUUAAAUGUGAUGUUGUAUAAAAUGGAUUUUUGUAUAUUGAUUUUUUAGCUA